UGGCAAUUCCAUAACAUGAUCAAAUGCACCAUUCCGAGCAGUGACCCACUGAAGGAUUACAGCAACUAUGGUUGCUAUUGUGGCCUUGGCGGCAGUGGGACUCCAGUGGAUGACCUGGACAGGUGCUGCCAGAUUCAUGACAACUGCUAUGGAGAUGCCCUUAAACACCGUGACUGUAAAUUCCUCAUGGACAACCCCUACACAAAGACCUACAGCUACAGCUGCUCUGGCAGUGAUAUCACCUGCAGCGAAGAGAAUGACCCGUGCGCGGCAUUUAUCUGCAGCUGUGACCGAAGCGCUGCCAUCUGCUUUGCGGGAGCUUCGUACAAUGAGGAAUACAAGAUACUGGACACCAGCAAAUACUGCAAAUGA